AUGCACUUCAGCGGCCACUCCUACACCAAGCAGCUCGACGAUGACGUCGCGCCGGUCGCGGAGGGCAUCCCGGUUGUCGUCGCGCUCUCUCCUGCUGAGGCGGUCCGGCUCCCGGUUGGAGCGCAGGCCGGCCGGCUGGAGCGGGUCUAUCUUGGCCUCGGCUGGCGGGACGCGCCUGGCAUCGCCUCGCCGGUCGACCUCGACUGCUCCGUGGUCGGGUACGAGGCGGGAGGCUCGCGGGACGAGGGCAGCACCAUCUGGUAUGGCCGGCUGCGCAACGGCGAGCACCGCGCCAUGGCGGGCGCCUCCUCCAUCGUGCACACGGGCGACAUCCUCACUGGCCAGCGAGGGGCGGGCGGGCUGGUGGACCAGGAGCGGAUCUACAUCUGGCUCCCGCAGCUGCCCGACCGCAUCGCUGCGCUUGCGGUCGCCGCUGACGUGUACACUGCAGGCAUCUCCUUCUACUCAUUGUCCGAGGCAUAUGUCCGGCUCGUCAACGCGGACACUGAGCAGGAGCUUGCCCGGCUCACCCUCACCUCGCGCCACCUCGGGGACGCGGCGGAGGGCCGGGCGAUGCUCGAGCCGUCUCUCUUCUCGUCUGGCGUGGACUACUCGGCGUGCGUCCCUGCCGACGACGUUCUCUCGGGCGGCGCCUUUGACCUGCUGCCUGGCGGGACGCUGCCCGACGCAUCCCUCGCCGACGCUUCGCUGCCCGACGCUUCGCUGCCCGACGUCGGCGGCGCGGGGGACGCUGUUGGCAGCGGCUUUGACAGCGGCUUUGGCGCGGACGGCCUGGACUCCGCAGGCUUGGAGAUGGGCGGCGGUACUUGGGCGGCGGAGUGA